AUGCGCGAUCAUAUUGGGCGUUUGCCGAGUGAUUCACGUAUCACCCCCACUCAAGCAACAAGUUCUCCAUCGGAAAUGGAAGGAAGGGAUGCUGCGAACCCCAGGGACCCGUCAGGCCGUUACACUGAAUGCGAUCCCAUGAAGUUCUCCGCUGACCGCAGAGAACAACUUCUGUCUCAUUUGGAGAUGCGCCACCAUCAGAACGCAAAAAAAGUUGGCGAUGAAAUGGCGCAUGGACAAGCAUGGACUCAAUGUGAUUCUUUAACUUGCGCAAUCUUGCGGCUCUUCGUUCGCAUGGGUGUUUGGAUUUGUGAUCGUGAACGUUGGGUUAGCUUCUUUGUCUUACAAGUAGCCAUUGCCUCCCCGGCAAGGGGAGGGGCGGAUAUACCCGAAAUAUGGCCUAAGCCUCCGGGGACGGUUUGCACUGGAUGCGAUACUCAGGCAAGGAAAGGGGCGGAUAUACCCGAAAUAUGGCUCAAGCCUCCGGGGACGGUUUGCACUGGAUGUGAUACUCACCCUAAGCCCUGUUGUCCUGAUUUGAAAACCGAGUGAUCCGCGAAUUCCAACUUCAGUUGAGUGAUC